GUAAAAUACAAACACAGUCCUCCUCAGUUAUAAUUUAGUACUUCACCCCUCACAGAUUUUCUACAAUGCCACACCCCCCUCUCCCAGGUCCAUCGUCAUAUUACCAACGGAAAUCUCAAUAUUCAAACAAAAGCCUCGAAAAAAAUUCCAAGCCUGGAGUUCGUCAAACCGGAAUCGAAUUUCUCCAGCAUGCCAUGGCCAUUUGUACUUUCAAACAUCUUCAACAUUACAUCAAGACAACCGGAGGCAUUCCCAACAACUGGAAUUCUCAUACUGACGACUCUGAUGACUUUGAUGCUGACUGUGAAGAUUUCGGCUAUGAACCUAAACAUCUUGAAGAAAUACUUACAGAUGUCAUCAGUGAGCCUGAUCUUAAACAGCGAGCAAUCGAAUUUGAGCUCAAAGACAGCAUUCUUGAGAGACUGCCAAAUGAAAUUAGGCAGAUGGUUUUUGUCUUUUGUGGUCGAGAUUCUUUCUGCUCCGCUGAUCAGGGUCCACGUCUAUUGGAAGCACUCCGAGGCCAGCCGCUAGCUUACACCCAUGCGUUGAGUAUAUUCAAGAGACUUAACAGUUAUGAACUUGACGUCGAACUGAAGACACGUACAUCCGAAAUACCCUACAAUGUUCAUGAUAUGAUAGGACUUAUGAAAGUCGAUAAAACUCCUCGAAAUAUCUCACCUCAAUCGAAUUUGAAUGAUUCAGAAUUGGCCGAAUCUGACUUAAAGCUUACUCUACAUGGGCAUAUUUCGGAAGAUAUUAAACAUUAUGGUGACUUUUGGGCUUCGACUCCAAGCAUUGUUCUGUACGAUUUAGUCCGGCAACUACACAGUGCCGACCGUAUCCGAGAUGUUGAAUUUGACCAAGAGACAAGCUUGUCAACAGAAUGGCGUUCCCGUAUUAUCCUCUGCCAAAAUGAUCAAGGUGAUUGGACCUUUCUCAAGAACUUCCUUUCUGUCGUCCCCUGUCGAAGAGUCAAAAGAGUCAUCGUUCAAUUACCAAAUCCAGAGAAUUAUCGUCUUAAUGCAGCUUCUAAAUAUGACAAAUAUUACCGAGAUAACUAUCAUGAGAGUUACCGAGCAAAGCAAGAUGCCUUCGUCUUGGCUGUGAUUGAGAGUAUCAGUCAGAAAGUCGGGGUUCGAGGUGUCGUUCUUGGUCGGUCGAAAGAUAGCCUCUCGGGAUUUUGUAUAUGGGAAUCUCCUGAAGGAGAAUAUAUGAAUUGGCAUCACGAUGUGAUAGAGCCAUGGGCACUAAGGGGUGGCUUUGGUAAGACCUUUCUUGACUACGAGAACAACUUUCUUGAACUCAGCGAGUGUGGGAAGCGACGUUGUUUUGUAGUGAAAAAUCGUCAUGGAUAGGUCAUUAAGCAGAUGUUAAAUGAUUAUAGGAUUUUGGGUUUCCUCUAUAAACAGAUAAAGACAAGAUUAUUUUCUUCAACACUAAGCUUAAUACUUAA